AUGGCUCUCAGUGAGAAAAGCUCUGCGCUCAGUGUUGACGUAUGCGGCACAGAAGAUGGUUCGCCGGCUGCUUGGAUACAGGUUAACCACACGGGUCUGGUUACUUUUUAUAAUAGGAAUGGAAACAUAUCGACUUGCCUACUCAAUAAGGGACUUAAGGCUGGUAGCUGGUGCAUUGCGUCUGAAACAGAAGUAUUCACAACAAACUUGCUUUCAUACUCUGCAGUGCCGACGACCUUGGUUUCUGUUACCCACAAGUCGCUGUCCGCCGGUCUAUCUAUUGCCACUCCAUCUACUGCCACUCCUUCUACUGCCACUCCAUCUACUGCCACUCCAUCUACUGCCACUCCAUCUACUGCCACUCCAUCUACUGCCACUCCAUCUACUGCCACUCCAUCCGAUUCCUAUUCGUCUACUACCAUUCUAUCUACUGCCACUACGGAAAAGGACAUCCCAACUGUUGUUUGUGAGGUUGUGGCUUAUCCCUUAUCCACCAUUACCAUGAUCAGUAGCUGUUCAUCUUUAUCAUGA